UUGGUUUUAUUUAUACUCGGAACCCAUCGUGUGUUCCUUUAUUAUUAAAUUAAAUCUUUUCCCUUUAUUUUUACAUUUGUAUAUUUAAUUUUAUGACGGCCCCACACUUUCCACCCAAUAGCCGCGUCUCUUUAUAACUGCUUGAACGCGGCGCCUUUUUCGGGGGAAGUAGUGCCUAGUCAUGGAGUUCCACGUCCCCAACACCGUUAGUUUUCAUCUCUCUCUGCUUAUCCUCGUGGCUUGGUCGUCCGUCCAAGCUUCACACUCAUCAUCCUUGUCAUCCUCAGCCGCCGAAACCAUAUCUAGAUUCCAGCACUACCUUCAAAUCAACACUUCCCAGCCAACCCCAAACUACUACCAAGCCUCUGAUUUCCUCGUCUCCCAAGCCAAAUCCAGCUCCCUCCAAUCUCAGGCCAUCGAAUUCGUCCGAGGGAAGCCCUUUGUGUUGAUAAAAUGGCCUGGCACUAACCCUCAUCUUCCCUCCAUUCUUCUCUACUCCCACACCGACGUUGUUCCCUCUGAGAUUGACAAAUGGAAGUACGACCCCUUCAGCGCUCAUAUUGACGACAACGGCAAUAUAUACGCCCGAGGCUCUCAGGAUAUGAAGUGCGUUGGGAUGCAGUACCUUGAAGCUGUUCGCCGCUUGAAGGCUUCUGGGCUUCAGCCUCUUCGAUCUAUCUACUUGGCCUUUUCUCCUGAUGAGGAGAUUGGUGGGCAGGAUGGUGCAGCCAAGUUUGCUGAAUCUGAGGUUUUCAAGAGUUUGAAUAUCGGCGUAGUGCUUGAUGAAGGAAUGGCUUCCGCGGACGAGAAUUACAGGAUAUUCUAUGCUGAGAGGAGCGCGCGGUGGCUGGUAAUAAAGGCUAUUGGACAACCAGGGCAUGGGUCAAGGCUUUAUGAUAACUCUGCAGCCGAGAAUAUGAUGAAGAGCUUGGAAAGUAUAAGAAGGUUUCGUGCUUCGCAGUUUGAUAUGAUCAAGGCGGGUUUGAUGGCCGAAGGCGAGGUUAUUUCUGUUAAUAUGGCCUAUUCAACGGCUGGAACACCAUCUCCAACUGGUUUUGUCAUGAACUUGCAACCAUCAGAGGCAGAAGUUGGGUUCGAUAUUAGGGUGCCACCAACUGCUGAUCUGGAAUCAUUGGAGAGACGGAUUGCUGACGAAUGGGCACCUGCUUCACGGAAUAUGACAUUCCGGUUCUUAGCGAAAGCACCAGUUCAUGAUGAGUUUGGGAACCCAUUUACCACAAAGACUGACAGUUCCAAUCCCUGGUGGGGCCUGCUUCAAGAUGCCAUCCAAAGGGCCGGUGGAAAACUUCAUGAACCUGGGAUCUUUCCUGCCUCAACCGAUUCUCGCUACUUUCGACGACUGGGAUUGCCUGCAUUUGGAUUCUCACCCAUGGCAAACACCCCUAUUCUGCUUCAUGACCACAAUGAGUUUUUGAACCAGGAAGUGUACCUAAAGGGAAUUACAAUGUAUGAGUCAAUAAUUAAGGCUUAUGCGUCUUAUGUGGAGAAUGAAGGAAAUAGAGCAUCUACAGGUGAUUUAUGAGCAAGUUAUGAAGCAUGUUUUCUUUUGACUUCUGGCGAUUUCUGCGGUGUAUUUUAUCUAAUUGGAUUGUAAUGUAAUAUUCCUUAUGAGCGCGUAGGUUCUUAUAUGUAACAAUAAGUAUUGAAUAAAUGUUUUCAUGAAUAAAUGUCCUGUGCCUGAUCUUCUCACGGGGGA